UCUCUCUCCCUAACUAUCUAACUCUUUAGAUAGAUGAAAAAGAAUUCGAUGUACCUAUUUUGAUUCUAGAUUCGGUUGGUGUUCAGUGGUCCAUGUAGGUGCAAAGUCAUUUAGGUUCCAUUCCCAUGCUUUCCGUUGGUCAACAACUAACCACAGCUCUUUAUAGUUAUAGUUCUUCACAACUCGUGAAGGAAAGGAAUAUCGUUCCGUUCAUAAAGCGUAUGACCAGCAUCUAUUUGAGUCGAUCAUUUCCAAGAUCUAAUUCAAGUUUUUUCUUAUGUAGUGGAAACGCCUUACAAUCUGAAGUUUUACGCUUAAGGGAAGAUAAGUUCUUGUUGGAUGUUGGAAUUGAGAGUCCCAAAAUUUGUAUGCAAGAUGAGCCUACAGGAGUGCCAAUCAACCGAACCGCCAGGUUUGAGAAUAAGGUGGAAUCACUAAAUACCCGUGAAUCACUGAUCAAAAAGCGGAUUUUGGAGAGAUCCUUCAUCGAUAUAGUUUCCGGUCAGAAAAAAGAGAGAGCAGCCGCCAGGUUUAAAGAGAUGGUCAGCUGGAAAGAUAAGGUCAGGAAAAAGGUGGGAGCAACAGAUGUAGUGGGUGGUGAAAGGCUUUUUCUUCUUCCACGAAGAUUCAGAAAAAACCGAGCUUGGAUGGAACUGAACAAGAUUUUGCGAACGAAGAAAAAGGUCAAAGGCUUUAUUUAUAAGAGGAGGAGGAAAGGGUAUCUUGUAGCCAUCGCAGGCUAUUUUGGUUUUAUACCUUUUCGCCCUUUCAAAAAAAAGGUAAAAAAAAAUGAAAAAGAUCAAUUCACUAUUAAGAAAUAUAACCCCAAAUUUAGUAAUUUUGUGGUGUUCUAACAGCGGCAGAUCAAAGAAGAACUUGAUGAGCGAAAGAGAGGAGUUCGAACGAAGUGAGAGGAGCCACUCGACUGUAAGGAGUGGAGCGUAGCAGCUCGAAUGAAGUGAAGUGAUAGGAAGAGAAUACUGCAGGCGGGAGAUCUCUCUCCAUCCGCCCGCCAGCAGCAGAGGGGUUCGAUUCCCGUUAUACGCGAUGUGGCGAAAAAACGUAUAUUUUUUAUUGAUAGAAAAAAAUGUCUCUACCAUUACAUCUUUUUUUUUUUCUCCGCCCAGAAAUUUUUUAUUCUUUCGAAUACCAGUAAUUCGACGACUCCCAUUUCAAAUCCAAAUUAUUUUGUAUGUAGUGG